AUGUUCUACUCGCAGAUCAUCCUGGCCAAGAAGGGCCCGCUGGGCAAGAUCUGGCUGGCCGCCCACUGGGACAAGAAGCUCAACAAGCAGCAGAUCUUCUCGGCCGACAUCCACAGCUCCGUACAGAGCAUCGUGAACCCGCAGGUGCCGCUGGCGCUGCGCGUGUCGGGCCACCUGCUGCUGGGCGUCGUGCGCAUCUACUCGCGCAAGGUCAAGUACCUCUACUCGGACUGCAGCGAGGCGCUUGUCAAGAUCAAGCUGGCCUUCCGCCCGGGCGUCGUGGACCUGCCCGCCGCCAGCCAGCAGGCCGCGGCGCACGCCAUCAACGUGCCCAACUUCGGCGAGUUCGAGGCCGAAGUCACGUACUCGAUCGAGGCGAUUAAUGUGCAGUCGUUGGACGAGUGGGUGCCGGCGUCCAGUCAGACGGUGGCGAGACGCCAGGAUAUUACGCUGGCGGACCCGCUCGACAGGAUUCGAGAAAAUAAUGCGUUCGCGGAGAGAGAUGGAAUUACCAUGGAGGACUCGUUUGGAGGAGGAGACUGGCAGGCGUUCGAUCUGGACGACAACUUCGGCAGCUCCGGGCUGGAUAUCAGCGCUGUGAGCGACAUUGAAGUUGCCCGUGAAGCUGACGCCCCCGUGCUGCCGCUGGACGACUCGGGUAUUAUCAAUGCUGGAGACAAAUCGACGGACAGGAGCUCGUUGAUGAACGAUGCAGAGCAGCCGGAGUUCGGCUUCAACGAGGCGCCGUUCGAGAUGCCCGCGGACAACGGACUGGAGGUGGAGAACCCCAUUGACGACCCGAUGAAUAUUAGCGGCAACACUCUGGAGAUCAGCACGGACAUUAACGUCAGCAUUAACGGCUCGACGCGCGCGUCGCUGGAUGCGGCUCUGGCCAACGUAGUGGUGGAGACAAACAGGCCCAAGAAGAAGAGGAAAAUCGCGCGUGACACCGUCACAGAGCUGACCUCGGCAUUUUUGAAACAGGGGCUGGAGGACACUUCCGACAUCACCCGCACGCGAGAAAUCACGUACAAGAAGACUACCGGAGGCAAAAGCGAGUUUGACCUGCAGCCAGGUCCCGACAUGUUUUUCCGGCCGUGUAUGGUCAACAUGGCGGAUGAGCUGCUGAGUAUGUUCAAGAUGACCAUGAGGAAGCGGAAGUUCCCGUUCGGUUCGAAGGAGAAAGAGACGAACCAAGCGGAAGAUAUUGAACUGACCCGUCGUAUGAGCGCGAGCUCGCGCCUCAGUUCGACCUCGGCUGGUCUGGACGUGACGAUGGGCUCGUGUGAUGCCUCGAUGCUGCACGACAUCGAGGAGGAAAACCACUUCGAGUUCGCAGACAUGGGCCCGACCACAACUGAACGCGAGCAAGACGGAUACCUAGACUACGGCGUCGGAGCGCCAUUCGAGCCUGCAGAGGAGGACUUGGAGGAUCUAAACGUGGAUAUCGAGCUGGGCGCUGUGAACGACAUUCGCGCCGAGGCGAACAGCGUGCCCGAGUUUGACCCCGCAGACGCUUCUUCUGCCCAGCACAAGUGGCACCCGCACACUGUGAAGGUGAUGAAGGUGUUGCGAAAGUCGCUCCAGAACAAGGAGGAAGUGACGUACAAGCAGCUCACUAAGAAGACCCAAGACCGACGAACCGCGGCCGCGUUGUUCUUCGAGCUCCUGCAGCUCAAGACGCUAGACUACGUGGACGUCGAGCAAGCUGCGCCGUACUCCGAUAUCCAGAUCUCCAAGGGCGCUCGGUUCUCGGAGCACAUUCCUGCCGUGGAUGCCAAUUGA